CUUGUACUUCUCCAGCAGUCUCCACUAAAAUGCUGAAAGCCACGGUUCUAUUCUGUUUUUUACUCGCGAGUGUGAAGAUUGGAUGGACUUAUGAAAAGUUUACCAUUCAAAUGAAUGAAGGCAAUGCCGUUGGUGCGGAAGUCAAAUCGGAGCCAUUUAUUAAAAUAAAUAAUGGGUAUUACUACUUCGGAAGAGAGAAUGUGAACUGGUACGAAGCCUACGAGAAGUGCCGGCGAUUCGACUCCGAGCUGGUUACUUUCGAAACGGACGGAGAGUUCGAUGCGGUGUCCAGCUACCUGAUGGCCAAUACGGCCAACGAAAACCUCUGGACCUCGGGCAACGACUUGGCCAAGACCGGAAGCCACAGGUGGUUCUCGAAUGGCCAGACCAUGAACAGCCUGCGAUGGGCUCGCAAUCAGCCAGACAAUGCCGGCCAACGGGAGCACUGCGUCCACAUGGGCUUCAUAUAUCCCGAUUCCAAGAAGUACGAACUAAACGAUCGUCCCUGCUCCCACCACGAUCAGAGUCUGUUCAAGUACAUUUGUGAGGCCCCCAAGAUGGAAACCAUAUCCAUAGUGGUUUGGAAAUAAUUUACAUAAAAUAUCUUACUAUUUUUGUAAUUUCUAUUUAAAUAAAUUUGAUUUUUGGAGAAGAUA